GGAUAUAACAUCAAAAGUUAGGAUAAGCCGAAAAAUUUAAACAGAUCAACUUGAACCGUUGCUGAAAUCUUCUUCGUUCUCCAUUGAAACCCUCAAAAAGCAGGUCAGAGCAUAAUCCCUAGAGUAAAAUGGAUGGGCACGAUGAUGAAAUAAAAGAAAAUUUGGCCUCUCCGACCAAUUCUCAGAAAACCGGUAAUCUUCUCCACCUUUCUUGCUUCUCUUCUCUCUUCUUAAAAUGCUUGUGGGCUUUCCUUUUCCUAUCUAUAUCUACCCCACUAUGUCUUGAUUCUUCAGGGUUUGAUUGCUUUGUUCAAUUGGGUAAAGCUGCGUUGUGAUUGAAAUACAUGUUAUUCAGUAAAGACUUCAGUUUCAGGGUUUUGGGUAUUGAUUUCAGCAUGGUGUUGUGUAUUUCAGUUUCUGAUGAUGAAGAAAUAGACUACUCCAUCAAACCAGAGUUCUAUGAUUCAGAUCUUGAUGUGAAAGAUGAGUUGUGGGUUCAAAAGAAAAGGAAAAGUCGUGCUUCUGAUGCCGUCCUCAGCUGUCCAGCUUGCUUCACCACACUGUGUCUGGAAUGUCAGAGGCAUGAAAAAUAUGUGACACAGUACAGAGCGGUUUUUGUUGCUAACUGCAAAAUUGGACGUGAUCAAGUGAUCCACCAAAAAGGCGCAAAACCAAGAAGGGGCAAAAGUGGGAGACAAUCUUCUGAGAUUGAAUCAGUCCCUGCUGGAAACCAAACUGUCAAGCAAGUCUGCUGCUUAGUUUGCUCAACAGAGGUAGGCAUAAUUGAUGAGGAUGAAGUUUAUCAUUUCUUCAAUGUUCUUCCCAGCGAGUCUUGACCUAUGUUUGAGUAGUCCUUAUGAGGAUACGUUCAACGUGUAGUGCAACUUUUGUUUUUCUCGUCAUUCAAUAUUAGUGUUAGAAUCGUCUAUUAGCAGCAUUGAAGUGAUUGAAGCAGAGCUCAGGCUUCUACUUAUUUGCAAGGGAUGGUUUCACCCUUUCCACUAUAGUUUCCCCAUUUCAAAUUUCUCAAUCUGCAAAGCCCAUUAUUAACCAAGUUUAAUACUUUAAUUCAUGUUAGAGCCUGUAUUAUGAAAUUGGCCAAAAUGUGUGGCUAUAUAACCUAAAAUAUAUUCGCUUUUUUAAAGAUUAAAUUAGAGAAAUAUUUUGGAAUGUGAAGGAUGUGUGUUCCCUCAUAUUCGCCCCUAAACGUAAUUAAGAUUUAGGAAUAUAAUAUUUAAGAUUUGAGAUGCCAUGGGACUGAUCCAAGUCAUUCUUAUGUUUCUUCCCUCUUACACCCUGGUGAUAGCUUACAUGCUAUACGGUUGUUCAUACAGCAUGUGAGUGAAUCUCUUGAAAUAGCACAAUUGAGUGUACAAGGAAGAUUCAAAAUAUAUUAUUGUGUGAAAUAACUUUACUGUCACCAAAAAAGAAUUAGGGUACAAGUACAUAAAGAGACUAUGGUAUGUGCGUUGUAGUUUCAUUUCUUUCGCCUUAGUUUGGAUUGUGUUGGAGAAUUUUCCUUUGUAAUUUCAUUUCUUGUACCGAAAUAAGAAACGCAUGAUCUAUGGUCUGUGCGUUGUAGUUUUGUGAUU